GGCCCACGUUCUGGAUAAGGACAGCGCGGGGGCGGUUGUCAUCGGUUGUCUCAUGACAAUUUCAUUCUCGUUUUGUCAUUUUUCUCAUUUAGCUCAUUUUUGUCAUGUUAGUCCAUUGUUAGGCAUGCUCGAAGACUACUCCUUCGGAGAGCGGUCGUUGCAGAGGAGAGGCCGGGAGCGUGUGCUAACCCGGAAGAAGUGAACCAGGAAGUCAACGUGAUUGCGGGUUUGUCGGGCUGAAAUGUGGCGGGUCUCUGAAGGUUCCGACCUCAGUAAAGAGAGCUGACGUCUAUUCUUCUUUUCCUUAGAGUAUUGCUUUGUCACCCACGCUGAAGUGCAUGCUGCGAUCUCAGUUCACUGCAACCUCUGCCUCCCAGGUUCAAGCGAUGCUCCUGCCUCAGCUUCCCAAGCAGCUGGGACUACGGGCAUGUGCCAUCACGCUUGGCUAAUUGUUUUGGUAUUUUUAGUAGAGACAGGGUUUUCCCAUGUUGGCCAGGCUGGUCUCGAACUCCUGACCUCAGAUGAUCUGCCCGCCUCGGCCUCCCAAAGUUGUAGGAUUACAGGCGUGAGCCACUGUGCCUGGCACAUGUUGGUAUGUUUCUUAUUUAACAUUCUUUUUAAAAAAUACUCUAUGUACUUUUUUUUUCUUUUUUUACAUGUAUAGUAUAUAUUAUAGAAUGUUUUUAAAAUGUAAUUGAGAUUCUAUUUUGUCCCUUGCUUUUCUUGCUUAAUAUAACUGACACCACUUAAUAUAAUUGUAGGGCUUUUCACCAACCCUACUUUCUUGAUCUAUUAAUACUUGAACUUUUCUUCCUUUAGGAUCUCAGCUAAAAGGGAAGCAUUUUUGAAAAGUGAUUGCAGAAUUGAGAGUGAAAAUUACUGAGUCCUGAACAGGCAACUUACAUUCUAAUACCAGCUCUGUCUCUAUCCAGCCGACUGAAUAGUCUUGAUUAAGUUACUUGACUUCCUUGGAUAUCUAGAUCCUUAAAGUUAAAGAAUUAAAAAGAUAAUAAUAUUUUCUUCAAACUUUAGAAAAUGACUCUGUGAACCACCUUAAGUUUGUAUGUUUUCAUAGCUUUCAAGAGCUUAUUUACACACUCAAUUCUAGAUUCUGGAUACUUUCUAGAAAAUAACUGACUUAACUUACUCAAUUGAUAUAUUUGUUAGGUGUACUCCUACUCAUAUGCUUCAGUUAAUUAUAUAUGUUGAGCAGGUAGGAAGCAGUGCUGUUUUUAUUUAUUUUACUAUGUUAUUCACACAUUUGAAGAAUUAGGUUCUUUCUGUAGGCAGUUGAAUUAUUUUUUUUUUUUUGAGACCAAGUCUCGCUCUUGUCCCCCAGGCUGGAGUGCAAUGGCGCGAUCUCGGCUCACUGCAACCUCUGCCUCCUGGGUUCAAGCAAUUCUCCUGCCUCAGGCUCCCGAGUAGCUGGGAUUACAGGCGCCUGCCACCACACCCAGAUAAUUUUUAUGUUUUUAGUAGAGACGGCGUUUCACCAUGUUGGCCAGGCUGGUCUGAAACUCCUGCCCUCAGGUAAUCUGCCCACCUUGGCCUCCCAAAGUGCAGGGAUUACAGGUGUGAGCCACUGCGCCUGGCUGGCAGUUGAAUUUUAAGACUGUCUUUGGAGCUGGCUGAGGCAGUAAAUGAAACAAGAUUUCUUGAUGUUCCUUCCAGCUUUAUUAUGCAUGUAUCUUUAGAGCUGAUUUUUUUUUAAAGAUGGUGUUUAUUGUAUUUCAGAUGCUGAGAUGAAUCGUCACCUGUGUGUUUGGCUUUUUAGACAUCCAUCUCUUGAUGGUUACCUCCAGUGUCACAUCCAGCUCCAUUCUCAUCAAUUUAGACAGAUACAUCUUGAUACAAGACUGCAAGUUUUUAGACAAAACAGGAAUUGCAUUUUUCAUCUGUUAAGUAAGAAUUGGUCCAGGAGAUAUUGCCAUCAAGACACCAAGAUGCUUUGGAAGCAUAAAGCACUACAGAAAUAUAUGGAGAACCUGAAUAAGGAGUACCAAACACUUGAGCAAUGUCUGCAGCAUAUCCCUGUGAAUGAAGAGAACCAAAGGUCCUUGAACAGAAGGCAUGCUGAGUUGGCACCUCUUGCAGCCAUUUACCAAGAAAUUCAGGAGACUGAACAAGCAAUUGAAGAAUUAGAAUCAAUGUGUAAAAGCCUAAAUAAACAAGAUGAAAAGCAGUUACAAGAACUUGCACUGGAAGAAAGGCAAACCAUUGAUCAAAAAAUCAACAUGUUGUACAAUGAGCUUUUCCAGAGCCUUCUGCCAAAGGAGAAAUAUGACAAAAAUGAUGUUAUUUUAGAGGUGACAGCUGGAAGAACUACUGGAGGUGACAUCUGCCAACAAUUUACCCGAGAAAUAUUUGACAUGUACCAGAAUUAUUCGUGCUAUAAACACUGGCAAUUUGAACUUCUGAAUUAUACACCAGCAGAUUAUGGUGGACUACAUCAUGCAGCUGCCCGAAUUUCCGGUGACAGUGUCUAUAAGCAUUUGAAGUAUGAGGGUGGGAUUCACCGAGUUCAGCGUAUCCCCGAGGUGGGCCUGUCCUCAAGGAUGCAGCGCAUUCACACGGGAACAAUGUCGGUUAUUGUCCUUCCUCAACCAGAUGAGGUGGAUGUGAAAUUGAACCCCAAGGAUUUGCGAAUAGAUACAUUUCGAGCCAAAGGAGCAGGAGGGCAGCAUGUUAAUACAACUGAUAGUGCUGUCAGACUUGUCCACAUCCCCACAGGGCUGGUAGUAGAAUGCCAACAAGAAAGAUCACAGAUAAAAAAUAAAGAAAUAGCUUUUCGUGUGUUGAGAGCUAGACUCUACCAGCAGAUUAUUGAGAAAGACAAGUGUCAGCAACAACGUGCUAGAAAACUGCAGGUGGGAACAAGAGCCCAGUCAGAGCGAAUUCGGACAUAUAAUUUCACCCAGGAUAGAGUCAGUGACCACAGGAUAGCAUAUGAAGUUCGUGAUAUUAAGGAAUUUUUGUGUGGUGGGAAGGGCCUGGAUCAGCUAAUUCAGAGACUGCUUCAAUCAGCAGAUGAAGAAGCCAUUGUUGAACUUUUGGAUGAACACCUUAAAUCAGCAAAAUAAAUACUGACUUAUUAUUAUUUAUGAUUAUAUAAAUGAAAUGGACCUAUAUCAAGAGGCAGACUGAGGUUUGGAAAUCUUGAUGAAUAUUUGUAAAUUACAGCUAUAAGAACACAUUACACAUAAAUAUAUGUUUUUUAAUGAAUCGAA